AUGGCGGAGUCGACCGCACACGAACGCCACCCGCGUGCGAAUCAACUGUUUGAAGAGUAUACCCCUCCCGCCGGGGGCCCUCGGCAUCGCUCUAGCCAUGGUUUUCAGUUCUGGCAGAUGCGCCGCGACAGUUGCGCCUCAACCGAGGACGAUGACAUUGUCGGCACGGGCAAGCUGCGCCGCGGCUCUCACCCCGACAACUGGCUCCAGAGCUCACAUGGAUUUGGCAUUGAUUUUUCCGAUGCUUUCCAUCGCCGGCGCAGCAGUGACACCGCCCUCACCGACAUGGACUUGCUUCAGCUAGCAGAACUCGUCAAGGCCUCCUCUAUGGCCUCGGGUCUGGGCAGCGACACCUGUCUCACCCCACAAGGUAGUGACGGGCGACGGGGUAGUCUAAUGGUGUCGUCCAUCACCCCAGUCCCCGGUGACACCAGCCUGGGCUCCCCCAGCAAUCUCGACCCGCCCGCCAUACGCUUCUCCGAUAGCUCCAACGGCAGCCGCCGCUCUCCUGGCGCUGGCCGCCAUUCCCGCACCCACGGAUCAACCAGUUCCAUUGGCCUGGGCACUGGUGUACCAUUGGAACCCCGCCCCAGCAUGGACAGUACCUCUUCCCAGUGCACCCUUCGCCCACCCUCAUUGUCUUUCUCCGGACCAGCCACGACCUCGGACGAACACGAGCUCGGCCUCGGAGUGCCGCUCGAAGGCCAGCUUGGUGACCCCUUUUCUGUACCUGGUGCCCAAGUCGUUCCACGCCAUGAUGGAUCAACUUUGUCCUCCGUUCCUGACGCGGGUGCGGGUGCAAAUGCAGACACGGAUGCUGAUAUCGAUGCGUAUGAUGACGACGAUGGUGCUGACAGUGUCUGUCUGGACAAUGGCUCCUGCGGCGUUCAACUCACCCGUUGCCUCUCGCCGGGUCAUGUGCGGCGGUAUUACCAGCGUCGCGCAUACGACCAAACGGACCAGCCCGACAUGAGCUCAACCCUUCAGCCCCGCCCGCCACCGCGCUCGCCCACGGCUUCAUCUCCACACAGUAGCCACGGAGCGCGCCGCGCCCAUCUGGAGGAGCGAGCUUCUGACUUUGAUCACUAUGAUCCCUCCACCCUUGUACCCAGUGGUCGUGACUCGGAUAUGGCGGCCUCGGAAUCCCUUGCGCAAGCCCGCAACCUUGCCGCACCCUCUCACAAAUCAUCAGCUGGCUCCUCCAGCAGCACGUCACCCAUCUCACGCCGUGCCAUAAUGGCCCGUCAUCGUGCAGCCAGCAGCCGCGAUGGGAGCAACCCUGGUAGCCGAACCGGGAGCGCCACUGAUCUUUUGGCUAAUAUCCAACCUCGGUCAGAUGUGUCGUCUCCCAGUGAAGGUAGCACGCAAGAUUCUCAUGAGUCCCGUCAGGACGACGCCUCCAGCGAGCUGGAUGACAUGGAGAUGGAGCGCCCCACCUCAGCGGCCACCACAGCAGGCAGCAACGACAUACAAACCCUCAUCAACUUGAACGGCUCGGAAUUUGUUUCGCCACGCUCGAGCGCCGACUUUGAUGAAGAAUGUUUUAGCGACGACAGUUUGGCAUCUGGUUGCAGCUCUGGCGCAAUUGGCUUUGUUCAACCACGCCGCGUGUCCAAAAGCCCGUCAGCUCGCGAACGCUGGCGCUCCUUGCGGUACAUGACCACCGCCGUGCGCGUGUUUCGACGAAGCUCCUAUCCUUGGGUUCAGCUGGCAGGCCACUCGGACGGCUUUAAAGUGGAUGUGGACGGCCAAUGGAUCUUCAAGCAAGCCAAUACCACCGAGCAGGUUGUGUUUGAGCAGCUGCGUCAUCACAAGAGUCUGCAGCUGUUCGUGCCAGCCUACGACGGCGUGAUCAUGACCAACGGCAAGGGCUACUUGAAGCUGCAAAAUCUCGUGGCGGGGUGUUCCCAUGCCAACAUCAUGGACGUGAAGAUGGGCGUUCGGACAUUUCUGGAAGCCGAUGUGGCGCGCAGCAAGCCUCGCCUUGAUUUACUCAACAAACUGGUGGCCAUUGAUCCAGAAGAGCCAACGGAGGAGGAAAAGCAAGUUGGUAUCACCAAGAUGCGGUACAUGCAGUUUCGUGAACAGCUUUCCUCGAGUGCUGCGCUCGGCUUUCGAAUUGAGGGCAUCCACCGGCACGGAGAGGCCGAAGAAACCAAGUUCAACUACAAGACCCUCAAGGACCGCGAGGACAUUGUGGAACGUCUUGGCUACUUUGUGCAGGGCUGUGGUGCGAUACGGGAAGGCUACGUCCGUCGACUGCGUGAGCUGCGGGCUGCACUCUUGGCCUCGGAUUGGUUCAGGCAUACCGAGAUUAUUGGGAGUUCGUUGCUUUUUGUACACGACGGCAAUCUGCCCGGUGGAGCGUGGAUGAUUGAUUUUGCCAAGACGUGUUACCGCCCGGGCGAGCCCGUGGAUCAUGGCGUUCAAUGGGAGCCUGAUUGUGGAUCUCGCGAAGACGGCUACAUUCUUGGAUUAGAUAAUCUGAUUGAAUGCUUUCAGAGUGUGCCGGUUUGA